AUGGAAGGGCCUAGAAAGCCAUUGUACAGUUAUUCUUGGGAGCAGUCUCCAAUAAAUAAACACCGAAGAGCCAAUUCACCAGAAGAAGAGAAAAAAAUUUUUGAUGAUUGGUUUGAAGAGAAGGCAGACGAAUACUUUUCAUGUACAAGAGGUCAAGGUCUUGAUGAUGAAGCUAUUCGUGCUGAUGCAUCAUGGGCACUAUCUCCAAUACCAUGUAAUCCGGAAAUCUAUCAAGCUCUGGUGAGCGUUUCACCUAGAACUUUAGAGCAGUUGAAGAAACCGAAGAGGGAUACAAAAAUCAAAGAAGAAGGAGAACGGGAAGAAGCGAAACGUCUAGCAUUUGUAAAGCGUUAUGAAAAAUCUGUGAGAAAAACCAGACAAGCAAUUGAUAAAAUCAAAAACGAGAAACGAAAAAAAAUGCUUCACCAGUUGAAGCGUGAAGAAUGUCAAACUUCUGAAAGAUUUCAGCAUCCUCAAUCUCAAAUUUUGAGUGAAGUAUCAUUGUUUCAAGAUGAUUUACUUAAAAAACAGUCAGAACCUGUAAAAUCGAGUAUUUAUGUAGACACUGGAAAUCAUAAUCAAUCAGUAUCAUAUCAAGUUUCUUCUUCCAGAAAAUUAGAAUCAGACGAAAAGUUAUUGAGUUUAUGUGACGAUGACGAUAGUGAUACUGAACUCCUUAAAUUGGCUCUUGAAAGUAGUCCCGUUGCCAAGUCGAAUUCAACGAAGCGAGUCUCUACUAAUGAUGAGGAGAUAAGCGAUGAAGAUUUAAUUGCAAUGAUGAUGUCUCCAGUAUCAAGCUAA